AUGGCUUUCGUAUGGUUCAUCUUUGGUGCAAUUGCAGGUGCUCUUUUGGUCCUAAGAUCUCUCCUCAAGAAUGUCAAUUGGUUUCUCUAUGAAUCAAAACUUGGUGACAAGCAAUACUCUUUGCCACCAGGUGACAUGGGUUGGCCAAUAGUUGGGAACAUGUGGUCUUUCCUUAGGGCAUUCAAGUCCAGUAAACCAGAUUCUUUCAUGGAUUCUAUCAUCAAAAGGUUUGGAAACACAGGCAUAUACAAGGUAUUCAUGUUUGGAUUCCCAAGUGUAAUUGUGACAACACCAGAAGGAUGCAAGAAAGUUCUAACAGAUGAUGAAAACUUUGAACCUGGUUGGCCACAAUCAACAGUCGAAUUAAUCGGCGAAAAAUCGUUCAUCAAAAUGCCGUUUGAAGAACAUAGACGACUCAGGCGUUUAACAUCGGCUUCCAUCAAUGGCUACGAGGCACUUUCGGUGUACUUGAAAUAUAUUGAAGAAAUUGUAAUUAGUUCAUUGGAAAAAUGGACUCAAAUGGGUGAAAUUGAGUUCUUAACUCAAAUGAGAAAGCUUACUUUCAAAAUUAUUAUUCAUAUUUUCCUUGGUUCAGAAAGUGAACCUGUUAUGGAAGCUUUGGAAAGAGAGUAUACAGUUCUUAACCUUGGUGUUAGAGCUAUGAGAAUUAAUAUUCCUGGAUUUGCUUUCCAUAAGUCACUUAAGGCUAGGAAAAAUCUAGUGGCUAUAUUUCAAUCAAUUGUGGACAAAAGAAGAGAGGAAAGGAGAGGAAAAGAACCAUCACCUGGCAAAAAAGCUAAAGAUAUGAUGGAUUCUUUGAUAGAUGCUGUUGAUGAAAAUGGAAGAAAAUUGGGUGAUGAUGAAAUCAUUGAUAUCAUGUUGAUGUAUUUGAAUGCUGGUCAUGAAUCUUCAGGACAUAUCACCAUGUGGGCUACCUAUUUCCUACAAAAGAAUCCUGAAAUUUUCCGAAAGGCUAAGGAAGAACAAGUUGAAAUGCUUAAGAGAAGGCCUCCAUCACAAAAAGGGUUGAAACUAGAGGAAGUUAGAAAAAUGGAGUAUCUUUCUAAGGUGAUUGAUGAAACAAUGAGAAUCGUUACAUUCUCGCUUAUGGUCUUUCGACAGGCUAGAAAAGAUGUCAACGUUAAUGGUUACCUCAUUCCAAAGGGUUGGAGAGUGCUUACAUGGUUUAGAUCAGUUCACUUUGAUUCUGAAAUUUAUCCUGAUCCAAGGGAGUUCAAUCCUGAAAACUUCAGUGUGGUGCGCAAGGCUUGUGAAUUCCUUCCAUUUGGAGCAGGAACUAGAUUGUGCCCUGGCAAUGAUCUUGCCAAGCUGGAAAUCUCAGUUUUCCUUCACCAUUUUCUCCUCAAAUACGAGCUUGAACAGCUUAACCCAAAAUCUCCGAUAAGAUUCUUACCACACACAAGGCCAUUGGACAACUGUUUGGCAAGGAUCAAGAAACAAGCAACUGCAUGA